CUUUGUCUCGCUAUCGUGACAUCGAAUGGCCGUUGACCACCAGUGAGACGUGGACUCGGGCGGCUCGCUCGCGUGGGCGCGGAGUUGUUCGGGGCUGCCAAUUUUGAACUCGUCGCGGCGGUUUCCUGGGCGGACAAGCGAAAGAUGAGCGGGCGCAUUAGGAGGCAGACAGACAGAGCGGGUGAUGCGGGAGAGCGUUGAGCGUGAACGAGUCCAACACUUUCUCACCUUCGCUCCCUUUUCCUCCACGACGAGUUCUCGACCUCGCCCUUCGAUACCCUGCUGCUGCGCACAUCAUCGCGCGCGCUCGACUACCCGGGCUGCUGACGACCAACACCUCUCAUACGAAGAGAGCACGAACGCCAAGAUCAAGCAUACCUCGCCGCUGACGACCUCACCUAACCCCAAGGAAGCUCCCGUUGCCCUCGAACCGCACACACACCAUGGCCAACAGCAAUGGCUUUGCCGAGGCACAGGAUACCCUCCGAGAUGCACCUGAGCAUCCAUAUCUGUCGCAGCCAUUCCUCUAUAUCACUGGCCUUGACCCGCAGAUCGAUGAUCGAGAGCUGGCUUCGGAGGUCUUCUCGCAUUGCCUACCCGUGAGACUCAACAUUGAUCGCAAUACACCUGCUGGCCAGCUUGCAUCGGGCACAGUCGAGUUUCAGAGCAUGGAGAAGACCGAGCUCGCUCUAGCCACAGUCCGCAAUGUCAGCCUCCGCAUUCGACCAGUGACACACAAGGAGCCUGAGCCUGCUGCCAAGCCCCGCCUUGUCAAAGGGCUGCCUCCUCUUACAGACGACACUGCCGUCUACAAUCUCUUCCGACCCUUUGGCGCCAUUGCCCGCGUUCAGUGCAUCGAGACGAAUCUUCAAGGCCACUAUACUGGAUUCAAGGGUAUGGCGAACGUUGUCUACUACAAUGAAGCUGAUGCGAUCAAGGGCCAGAACCAGCUGCACUGCCUCGAGAUCAGUGGCAAGCUCAUCUCCGUCGCCCCCGAUACCUCUCGCCGACCGAGCGUAGGCGAUGCGCCCGGGGUCGGCUCCAAGCUGAGCGCCCGUGCGCCAUCCUUUGUCCCCACAGCCUCCUCCGCGCCAGGACAAGAGUUUGCCCCUCUCUCAGGCUCGAUCGACCCUUGCAAUCUCUUCUGCAAGAACCUCUGUCCCAGCAUCGACAAUUCCGAGCUCUUCUCCCUCUUCAAGUCCUUCGGACAUAUCACCUCGGCCCGCGUCAUGCGCGACGACCAGGGCAAGAGUCGCGAGUUCGGCUUCGUCAGCUACAGCACCCCCGAAAGCGCCACGGCAGCCAUGCGGGCUCUUGACGGGCAGCAGGUAGGAACUAAGGCCAUCACAAUCCGCGUUCACGAACCCAAGCAGGUGCGCGAGCAGAAGCUGGCUCGCAUCUUCAGCGGCUCAAGCAGUGCGGGUAGCGCAGGUGGUGCAAGCAGUCGUGGCCCCAGUGUCAGCCCGUCAAUGAGCCCUCGCUCGCCUGUCUCUCCCAGCAAUUCCAACAGCAACAAGGGCUACUUCACUUCUACACCCAUGGGCAAUGAACAGCUCUCGGCCAGCACGACGGCCACCUCUGUAGGGGCGGGCGCGUUCGACGAGAUCGAGCUGUCCCGCAUGGAGCCCACAGAAAGGGACGACAUCAUCAUGACGGAGUUUAUCAAGCGGGCACGAGAAUUGCCUGGGCGGAACGAUGACGAUGAUGUUAGGACAAUCGUGAAGGGAUUGGUAGGGUUGAGUUUGAGCGAGCAGAUUGGGGCACUUAAUGACUCGAAGGCAUUUGAGAGGCACGUACGAGAGAUCAAGAGGGAAGAGGAAAAGAAGGAGCCCGCUGCUGCCGACACACCGAAGCCAGCGGCGGUGGACCUGCCUGCCGAGAAGAAGCAAGCGCCUGUAGCAGCCGCUGCGACCGAAGGGCCGGCAGCUCAAGUUAACGGAGCAUCGACUGUCGAGCCUCUACCCACUCCGCAAACAGAGAAGGAGCGUCUCGUACAAGCAGUUGUCAAGCUUCUGCCCACCGCUUCCCCAUCGUCAGUCGACGAUAUCGUCGAGCUUCUCGUCGGCUUGCCCAAGAAGGAGCGCGCGAUGGCCCUUUUCAACGGCGACUAUCUCAAGACAAAGGUUGACGCGGCGCAAGCCAUCUUGCAGAUGAACGAUGACGAGGAUAUUGGUGCUGCGAAGUCUGAACUCGCCAAGGAGGGCGCCAGCACCGACAGAGUCACAGCUGCCGCCGCUACGAAGCCUGCGGAGCCCACCGCAUCCGCCACUUCUCCAGCCGGCGGCCCCACCCACACUCUCGCCUCCCUAGCGCGCCUCCCCUGCCUAGAGAUCGUCUCCCUCGCCCGCGCCUCUCCGACUUCACUCCCUGUGGCCCCCGUCGACCAAGCUGUUUGGUCGUCCACAGACGCCAUGAUGGACCGCAUCCUCUCCGAGUCUCGCGAAGCCGAGCGCAAGCAGAAACUCGGCGACGUUCUCUUCAAGAAGAUCAAGGGUCUCGGCUUCAAGGGCGCGCCCAAGAUCACUAUCAAGCUGUUGGAUGAAGAGGAUCUGAGGAGUCUGGCGCAUGUCGCUGAGAGCUUCCCGGAGGUACUACGGGAGAAGGUGGGGGUGGUGCAGGAGGAAUUGGGGUUGAAGAAGUAAAGUGAGGGAUGAGAGAGCGCUUGAGCCCGGCCAUCGCUUUCGAGAUAUGCUGUGAAGAUCGAUGAGCCUGGUCUACGAGCUCGUGUGCACCGUCGUUACCUUUCAUUUCGUUCCAACCAGGGCAAACACGGCAUCUAUGUUCGCUCUUCAUUAGCCCUUCUUCCUUUCUUCACCUGGGGCCCUCUGGCAUCCCUCACCAUGUCACAUCACAUCACAUCACAUCGUUAGCCCAGCCCCUUCGUCGUCAUGCCAAUUGAAGAGCGCGAGGCUGGUGUAUC